UCGCUCCAUAUCGGGCUGGAGGCUUCAGCAAUUAACAAAGUGUACAGGAUAUCUGAACCUGCAACCUAUACAUACGCUUUUUGAUUCAUAUUGUAUACGUUGUAUUUUGUCUUUGUUUAACACGUGAGUUUGUUUUGUAAAUCAACUUCACCGUUAGGUUUUGUUUUGCACCUUUAAGAAGUUGUCAUCGGGAUUAUAAUUACGCGCAACCCACAUCGUUCUUGAGGAGGGUUUUACGCAGCACAGAAUCUUGGGGAGUACCUCCUUCUUAAACACUCCCUCACACGACAAGUUGUAGCCCUUUCUUUACCCAUUUUUACAUAUUAUCAACUGUCCAAGUAUUGGGGAUCCGUUACACAAGGAGUGUAAAAUGGCUGAGAUGGGGAAAGGGGUCACCGCCGGGAAACUGGCAAGCAAUGUACAGAAAAAGCUCACCAGAGCUCAAGAAAAGGUCCUUCAGAAGCUGGGGAAAGCAGAUGAGACCAGGGACACAGCGUUCGAGGAGGGCGUCACAAACUUCAACAAGCAGAUGUUAGAGGGCAGCAAACUGCAGAAAGACUUGAAGGCCUACCUAGUAGCAGUAAAAACCAUGCAUGAGGCGUCCAGGCGACUGCAGGACUGUCUGGCAGACAUGUACGAACCAGAUUGGUUUGGCAAGGAAGAAGUGGACGCUAUGGUAGAGGACACAGAUUCUCUGUGGACAGACUACCAUCAGAAGCUUGUGGACCAGUCUCUAAUCUCCAUGGAUACAUACUUGGCGCAGUUCCCCGACGUCAAGGCACGCAUUGCCAAGCGUGACAGGAAACUUGUGGACUAUGACAGUGCAAGACAUCACUUUGCCUCCCUACAGAAGGGAAAAAAGAAGGAUGACGUCAAGAUGGCUAAGGCGGAGGAGGAGCUAGCGAGGUCUCAGAAAGUGUUUGACGAGAUCAAUGUGGAUUUACAAGAGGAACUCCCUGCAUUAUGGAACAGCCGUGUUGGCUUCUACGUUAACACAUUCCAGGGUAUGGCUGGAUACCAGGAGAAGUUCCACAAAGAGAUGGCCAAGCUCAACGUGAACCUGAAUGACAUCAUGACCAAACUAGAUGAACAGCGACUGGUCAAAAAGGGCGCGAAGACUGGAACCCCCGUGAAGAGUGAUGGAGCCAAUCACAAUGCAACCUCUGAUUCUCCAACCAAGCCUCCCCAGUUGAGGCCCGGACCUCCUUCACGGCCUCCGCCCCGGGUCACGCCGACUCAGGACUUGAAACAGGAGAACAUCAUCAACCUGUUUGAAGAGGCCAUGGUGCCUGACGCUAUCCCAGACACCACACCACAGACUGACUCAGCAGAAGCUGCAGCAGACACUGCUGGGAGUCCGGUGACCAAUGGUUCUGAUGGGGUAGACAUGCCUGACGGAUUUACCUUCAAGGUGAAAGCUAUGCAUGACUAUGCAGCCACUGAUGGGGAUGAGCUGGACAUGAAGGCUGGAGAUGUGGUGCUGGUCAUAGCUUUCGACAACCCUGAUGAACAGGAUGACGGCUGGCUCAUGGGGGUGAAAGAAGAUCAUUGGCUCCAGCAUAAGAACAUGUCAAUCAAGGGGGUCUUCCCUGAGAACUUUACCCAGAGGUUGUGAGCUGGGUGUCCCAUUGAACCUGCACACCAUCAUCUCAAUGCAAGGAUGUUUGUUUUAAAUGUGCUGGAAAACCCAUACGGUAAUAAUUGAGCAUUACAGAGUGGAUUUCAUGGUUACAUUUUUUAUUUGUGUGUUUACAUUGUCCUCAUUGAGUGGGGUUAGAACUGUGCCAGUGAAAAAUGUAUAGACAUACAUACCUAAUCAAUGAUCUGCCUAAACACACUCACAGAUUACUGAAUGUAACUUUUGGCACCCGCUUCAUCCCUUUAUGACUUCUGUACCUACGCCUGACUUCUGGUUCAAGGGUGAAAUGAAGAACAAUGUAUUACACUACCAAAGUACCACCACCUCUGGAAGGUCUUUGAGCAAUCUUUAAUUUGAACUGAUCAGCACGCUUUUAUUUUGAUUGUUUGUUUUACACUCUGUGAAUGUGGUCACUGGAAACAAAAUUCGAGUUUAACAAUAGAAAGAAGGGAAUGUACAACAAUAGCUGUAGUGUAUGGAUGCCAGUUUACAUUUUGACUUUUAAUUAGCCUAUGAGAUUCUGCCACAGAGUUGUUUGCAUGGUUUAUUUUAGAGCUGUUUACUUUGUUGUAACCUGUCAUUCACAGAGCCGGAGAGAGAGAGAGAGAGAGAGAGAUUGGGCAUGUUCUGGUAUCGGCUCUUGUUGUCGCAGUUCUGUCUGUGAACAAUAUGAAAAUACAUGGUUUCUAGGUCAGGGACUUAUAAACAUGUCCUACAGACCUGGCCCUUGUGUGGACUGCAAUUGAAAUGUUAUUAGGGAACAUUGGUUUGUCUACAUGAUUUUUCUGUGGCCAUUAAUCGGUUAGGGACUUGUAGGUGAUGUGUGGCAUUGAUCGACUAUUUCCGAUUGUAUUAUUGUUUAUCAUUUGUUUUGGAGGUGAUAAGCACACAGUUGUUGGAAACAGAGCUAAAAACACAUGUAACAAUUUCUGAAAAGUAUUGUUGCAUAUUGAUGUAGCUAAACACAUUUGCCUGUAUAAAAGAGGCCUACUAUGGCAAAUUGUGUAGACGUUGCGCUGUUGGCUAUCGUUCUAUUUCUAUAUUGCCCUAUGGAAAUGCUCAAAACUGGCUCUUCAUAUUCCGUGUGACCUUAUAUGUGACCUGUUUACUGUCUCAUUGGCCUGUGUGGGCUAGUAGGUCAGUGCAGCUGAGUGAGCUGUCUCUCUGAUUCUCUCUGCAUACUUGUAUAACCUCAAAUGAGGAGGACACACAUUAGGCUUCUCCCUGCUCGUAAACAAUAGAGGGGAUCCCUGGACAAGCUGUGUAGUCAUCCUUUGUGAAACACUGGAUCACUAGGCACGAGCAGGCUCUCUGUAGUGUUUGUUUCUAUUAGAUCUCAGGUCAGGGCCUCAUUCUAAUAUGAGGAGUCUGUUGUAUUGCUGAAAAUCAACAUCUUAACAUAUCUGUCUGGAAAGUGUUCAUAUGAAAACAUAAUUUGAUGGAUGGUAACUACUACGUCUUCUUUUCUAGAAGUGAGAGUCAUUCUGUCCAUGUCAUACAAAUAGUAGCCUACUCAACUAAAAAUAAAUAUUAAAAGUCCAAAUAUUGAACACCCAUUUUAUAUCUUGCUGAAUACCAAAGACAGACCUGUUCAAACUACUAUUGAAUGUUGCUGGAAAUUAACAUUGGGUCUCGCUGUUGUUACAGUAUGUUACUGUGUGUCAAUGGAGAAUGUCUGUGGUAAAGCCCAAAACAAUAAAGACAGAUUUGACACACCA